GACGAAGACUUUGAUGAUUCGUAUGAAGGCUUGCUCUCACUCAGUUCAAUUCUUGGAGAUGUACCUAAAGCUACACCUGCCGAUGUCAUUUCGGGCAUGAAGACUGGCUUGUACAAGGAUUGGUCGACAAGCGAUAGUGAUCACCGGUGUCCAAUUUGUUUGGAUGAUUAUUCCCCGACCGAUCCUGUCAUGAAGCUCAAUGAUUGCUCUCACUGGCUGCACAAGGAAUGUCUUGAGCAAUGGCUGAAAGGGGCAAGAACGUGUCCAGUUUGUCGCAAAGCGGUGAAAGGACCCUCUCCCCCGCAGGCCCGCCGUUGCCCCCGACACUCGUAUCAACCACCAACUGAGAGUUCUUCGGGACCACGUCGACGAGAUGGGGGAGAUGAUGAAGGAGAUGACGGCCCUACUAAUCCUGGCCCGCGACCAGACGGAAAUAAUUCUUCGGGUGCAGGUAUAGGCUUGGGAAGUGGAAGAUGGUAUAUCUAG